AUGGAGAUCCUAAGAAGCAAUGCCAUGUUUCUGAUUCUGCUACUUUUUGCGGCCAGCAUAGCAGGCAUUCAAGGGGACACAAUAACUUGCUACAGUCGAAACAGCCCUUGUUUUCUCGAGUGGGUCAAUUGUCCAUCUGAAUGUCCUUCAAAGUCAGCAACAAGCACUAAAUCUAAAGUUUGCUACCUCGACUGUAACAAGAAAAAAUGCCAGGCAGAAUGCAAGAGCAAGAAACCAAAUUGUGGUACUCCUGGAGCAGCAUGCUUGGAUCCCCGCUUCAUUGGUGGAGAUGGGAUUGUCUUCUACUUCCAUGGUAAGAAGAAUGAACAUUUCAGCUUGGUCUCAGAUACCAAUCUCCAGAUUAAUGCCCGAUUCAUUGGUCUAAGGCCAGCUGGUAGAUCACGAGAUUACACCUGGAUUCAAGCACUUGGACUUCUUUUUGAUUCCCAUACUUUCUCUGUUGAGGCCACCAAGGCAACAACAUGGGGCGCUGAUGUAGACCUCCUGAAACUUUCCUAUGAUGGAAUGGAGCUUGAAAUCCAUGAAGGUUAUUCAUCUGUCUGGCAGUCUACUGAUAAUGCCAUCAGAGUUGAAAGAACUUCAAACAAGAACAGUGCCCUAAUCACUAUCCCAGAAGUUGCAGAGAUCUCUGUGAAUGUAGUACCUGUGACCAAGGAAGAUGACAGGAUCCAUAACUAUCAGAUACCUUCUGAUGACUGCUUCGCUCAUUUGGAAGUACAGUUCAGAUUCUUUGGCCUAUCCUCAAAGGUUGAAGGUGUCCUUGGCAAAACAUACCAGCCAGAUUUCGUGAACCCAGCAAAGCCUGGAGUUGCAAUGCCAGUAAUGGGCGGUGAAGAUAAGUACAGAACCACUUCGCUUUUGUCUACAGAUUGUAAGGGUUGCAUGUUUUCUUCAGCUGGACUAUUGAAUGCAGAGGACUCCCUAGUUAUGAACUAUGGCAGCUUAGACUGUACUGGAGGUUCAAGCAGUGGCAAUGGAAUAGUCUGCCGGAAAUAA